AGGAGUAUUAUUUCUUAUGUCCAAUCAACGAAAUGUCAUAGGGCUUAAGUUCUUAACAUAUACAUGUCAUUGAUUAAUUCUAUUCAUUCAUUUUCUUUUUCUAUAAGACGGUGAUGAGAAAACAUAAUAGGUGUGCAUCACGGCCUAGUAAUCAUAGUUUUCACUCUGAGCAAUUAGUAUUAGAAUACAGAGGCUAAGAACAACGCCAACCAAUUCCACUUUGAGGUCAGAUUAAAUGAAAUUAUUCAUACUUCACCAUUCCAUUGAAACGUCUCUGUUGCGCCUCCUACAGAUUUUUGCAAUCAGCUAGCGCACUUCUCAGAAUGAACUGGUGGUGGUCAAGAUCUACCAAUACUACACAGCAAAAUGUUGACUAUUAUGAAACAACAAAUCAUGAGAGCAACCAAAAUGUUGGCCUGGUCAUUGGAGUCACCGGCGUGGUUGGCAACAGCUUGGCCGAAACACUCUCUUCCACUGACAGCCGGGGCGGUCCGUGGAAGGUCUAUGGUGUGGCACGACGGGAGACACCAGUCCGGAAUGCUAAAGUCACAUAUAUUCAGUGCGAUGUCUCUGUGGCAACUGACACUCAAGCCAAGUUAUCGACCCUGGAAGAUGUGACACACAUCUUCUGGGUGACUUCGGCUUUUGACCUUUCUAUGGCCAAACACUGCGAAAUUAAUGCAACCAUGCUUCACAAUGUCCUCAAUGCAAUCAUCUCAAAUGCACCAAAUUUGCGCCACAUCUGUCUCCAGACAGGCGCGAUGCACUAUAUGGGGAUACAUAGAUCAGUUGAUGGGAAAAUUCAUACUAUUUCCCAUGAUCCACCUUUCACUGAAGAGAUGGAAAGGUUGGAAAAUAUUCACAACUUUUAUUACACGUUAGAAGAUGUACUGCUUGACGAGAUCUCCAGAAAACCAAGUAUAACAUGGUCCGUCCACAGGCCAGAUCUGAUUUUCGGAUUUUCACCUCAUAGCACAUUGAACAUUGUUGGAACGCUUUGUGUGUAUGCAACAAUAUGCAAAUACGAACGCGUUCCACUGACGUUUCCAGGGACAAAAGUCCGUUGGGAUAGUUACUCUAACGCAUCAGACGCUGAUUUGGUGGCAGAGCAUCAAAUUUGGGCUGCACUCUGCCCGCGGGCGCAGAACAAAGCAUUCAAUAUUACCAACGGCGAUGUGUUCAAAUGGAAGCAUUUGUGGAAGGUGUUGGCUGAACAGAUUGGAGUAGAAUAUGUGGGAUUCAACGAGACCGAGAAGCAUAUUUGCUUGGCUGAGAUGAUGAAAGAUAAGGGGCAUGUGUGGGAUAAGAUUGUGAGAGACAAUAACUUGGUUUCCACCACGUUAGAAGAGGUUGGCUUAUGGCAAUUUGCAGAUAUGAUACUGGCUGGAGGGAGUAAUAGGUUGAGCAGCAUAAAUCGCAGCAAAGAGCAUGGUUUUAUGGGCUUCAGGAAUUCCACCAAUUCCUUCAUUUUCUGGAUACAAAAGGCAAAAGAUAAUAGAUUAAUUCCUUGAACAUUGUAUCUUCACUUUAGCAUUUAAUAAGGUUAUCUUACCUUGUUAGUUAAUUUAUUUAGGGAAAAUCUUUGUAAUCAGAAUUGGGGUGGCCGGUAUACCUAUCACUUCAAUUCUUUGUUUACUUCAA